CUCUACAAAAGAAACCCUUAAUUCUUGAACAUAUGCAAUACAAUGUCUUCCACCUUUCUCUUUUCAUCAAACAUCCCAACAUUAUCAACUUCCCAUUACAUAAACUUCAACAAAAGAGACAUCCUAUUACCAAUACAAGCAACUUCUAAUUCCAUUUCCUACCCACAACAACCAUCCUUCAAUCUAAACUACUUGAAGAGAGAAUUCAGCAGCCAUGGAGUCUCAUUUACAGAGCUUGGAAGCAGCUAUGUCAUGAGAUUAUUGUCGGAAAAUGGGAGCGCGGCGAGUAUACUGAUGCCGAGUGGGCUGAUCACUUCCUAUAAACCCAAAAUGUGGCAUGGAAGUUCUAUUGAAGUUUUGCAUACUUGUGUAUCAGAAGGAAAGUCUAGUGAUGGUGGUGGUGUUAGUAUACAAGGUGGUGUGUCUUUGGCAUUGAAUUGUGUUGGUGAAGAUGGGUUUUUAUGGUCUCCUCUUACUUGGGUUCUUAAUGAUGUUAAUGGGUCUUCUGAUGAUUCUAUUCAGGUGGAAAUAGUAAGCCAAGACAUAAGUAAAAUGGUUGAAGUGAAGUACAACAUAACUCUAAAACCAGAUACCAUGAUAUCAGAAGUUACCGUCAUGAACUCGAGAUCAUCGAAACUCGAGUUAACCGGUUCAAUUCUAACCCAUCUGACCGUAAGCACACCCGAUGCCACUUAUGCUUAUGGAUUAGAAGGAUCAAAUUUCGUUGAGAAGCUUCCCCUCAUGUCAGAAUUUUGCAUAAUUCCAACCAACUUAGCCAAACGCAAAGACACUAGUCCUAGUCGGUCAUGGCCUCUAUCAUCGGUUAAGGACUUAUUCGCAAAAAGGGACGUUAAGGAAACAAACAAGGACAAUAUAGGUGAAGAGGAUGACAACUACAAGCAUUUAUCGGAAGAUAUGAGUAGAAUAUAUACAAGUGCACCUCGAAACUUCACUAUAAUAGACAGGGGUAAAAGAAACUCGGUAAUGGUUGGAAGUAAGGGCUUUGAAGAACUAUACAUGUAUAGUCCAGGCUCGAGCCACGAAAGCUAUGGCAAGUAUGCGUACAUAUGCGUAGGGCAAUCGGCUGUUCUAAAACCUAUAAGGUUAGGUCCUGAACGUUUAUGGAGAGGAGAGCAGCACUUGCAUAAUCCUAAUCUUUGAACACUACAGAGCUUAUUGGGUUUUCUGUGUUGUAAAAAUUAUUUUCUUUUAUCGAAAAUAUACUAAACAGCCUCUUUGUACGGCAAGCUUAUAGUAAGAGAUCCACCUCAACUAUGGAGUCUCGAGGUAGCUAGGUGGUAUUUUCUUCUAAUAUUUAUAAUUAUACGCCAAUUCGUGUA